ACUUUGCAAGCAGCAAAUCUUGCCGGGCCCUUUCUUGAAACGUUUGGGAAUUUCCAAUCCUAUGUCUUACCCCCCUCCCCUUUCCGUUUGUGUGUGAGAACAUUUCCUCAAACCGAGGGCUCUCGGAACAGGUCUUCAUUUCGCUUUCGCUUCUGCCUUACAACGGAGAGCGAGAUCCACCAGGGACCACAUCGAGAAGGGCAGCGAGAAAUCAGAAUGGCUAAUGUCAAAUCCCGAUUGACCCCUCAGGAGAAAACACUAUUGCUGCGUCUCUUGGGAAGCAAGCACAUAAGCCUUCUCUAUAAGGCCUCUGUUCAUGACUUCAAUAUUAACACAUUCCAUUACAUAUGCAACCGACAAGGCCCGACUGUGGCAGUGGCAUACAAUGCAAACGGUUAUAUUUUUGGAGGCUUUACUGUUCAGAGUUACAGUUCAUCUGGGGCAUAUCUAAAUGAUGACAAAGCUUUUCUCUUUCGGUUGAAAGGGAAAGAGAAUGAAUCCAGCCCACUAAAAAUCCCAGUCAAAAUUGCCAAAGAGGCUGUGUAUGACAACGGUGAAUAUGGUCCUUAUUUUGGAGCUGGCUCACUUGUGCUGUUGUCAGAAAACAAAGCGGCAGUUGCCACAAACACGGAUGUUGCCUCCUACACUUUCCAUGCUGAAGAUUUACAUGGGAAUGACCAGGUCCUUAUAGAAUGUGAAGUCUAUCGUGUUGAAGAUGUUGGAGAUUUUAUGGAGGUUCCAUGGAGGAAGAUUGGAUGGACACUUGGGGAAAGAGAGAAAUUGAUGGAAGAAAUAAGAACUUACAAGCCUUACCUGAAUUCAGUGCCACAAUUCCGAGUUCUGAUUCUUGGGCCAAUUGGAGCUGGCAAAUCCAGCUUUUUCAACUCUGUGAAUUCUGCAUUUCGGGGUUAUGUGACAAGCCAAGCCAUAGCAGGAUCAGAUUCCACAAGUGUGACUAUGCAGUAUAGGACCUAUCAAAUUAAAUAUGGAAGGGAUGGAAAUCCAGUGCCCAUCAUUUUUUGUGACACCAUGGGACUAGAAGAAAAACAAGGAGCUGGACUGGAAAUUGAGGAAGUGCCUAACAUAUUAAAAGGACAUGUUCCUGAUAGGUACCAGUUCAAUCCCUCCUCCAUCAUACAUCCAAAUGCGCCUGGCUACAUCAGGAACCCGACUCUGAAAGACCAGAUUCAUUGUGUUGCAUUUGUAAUUGAUGGGUCCAAGGUGGAGAUCCUUCCUGAAAAUCUAGCGGCAAAGCUGAGAGAAAUUCGACGUAAAGCAAAUCUGCUAGGUGUGCCACAGCUGGUUAUAAUGACUAAAGUGGAUGAAAUUUGUCCUUGUCUUGAGGAAGAUAUUUCAUACGUGUACAAAAGUAAACCUGUUGAGAAGCAGAUGCAGUUAACAGCAGAAAGACUUGGCAUCCCUCUAUCGCAGAUAGUUCCUGUUAAAAAUUAUUCCUCGGAGCUGGACAUUAAGUUUGAUGCUGAUAUCCUCAUACUGAUGGCAGUGAGGCAAAUGCUACGCUUAGCUGAAAGCUUCCUUGACAAUGUCCCUUUGGACAACAAUUCUGAUUUGGAAUUGUACAAGUAACCAUGACUCUGCUGCCUUAAGUUAGUUUUGUCUCUGUUUUUGAUGUCUUCAGGUUGAUUAUGCUCAGACCUGAUGCUGCUUUACUAAUUUUAUAGAAUUGCUUAGUCCACAUUUUAUUUUGCUGCAUUAUAUUGAAAGUUAUCUGUGGUUUCUCAGGAAAAUAUAUUUUAAAAUGUAAGGCAAUAUUAAACAGCAUUGAAUUGU